AUGGCUGCACCUCAAGUAAUUGUGGUCGGUGGUGGCCUCUCUGGCCUCAGCGCCGCACACACUGUCUACCUCAACGGUGGCAACGUCCUCGUUUUGGACAAGCAGGCUUUCUUCGGUGGUAACUCUACCAAGGCCACCUCCGGUAUCAACGGUGCUCUCACUCGCACCCAGACCGAUCUCGGCAUCCAGGACAGCGUCAAGCAGUUCUACGACGAUACCCUUAAGUCCGCCCGUGACAAGGCCCGUCCCGAGCUGAUCAAGGUCCUGACCUACAAGUCUGCCGCCGCCGUCGAGUGGCUGCAGGAUGUCUUCAACCUCGACCUCACCCUCGUCUCCCGUCUCGGUGGACACACUCACCCCCGCACACACCGUGGUCACGAUGCCAAGUUCCCCGGUAUGGCCAUCACCUACGCCCUGAUGCAGCGAUUGGAAGACCUCGCCGAGAAGGAGCCCGGUCGUGUCCAGAUCAUCAAGAAGGCCAACGUCACCUCCAUCAACAAGUCUGGUAACAAUGUUACCGGUGUUACCUACACUGUCAACGGCGAGGAGAAAUCUGCCGACGGUGUUGUCGUUCUCGCUACCGGUGGUUACGCUGCCGACUUCAGUGAGACCUCCCUCCUCAAGAAGCACCGCCCCGACACCUUCAAUCUAUCCUCCACCAACGGCACCCACGCUACUGGUGACGGUCAGAAGAUGCUGAUGGCCAUCGGCGCCAACGGUAUCGAUAUGGACAAGGUCCAGGUCCACCCUACCGGUCUCGUCGACCCCAAGGACCCCAACGCCAAGUUCAAGUUCCUGGCCGCCGAGGCCCUCCGUGGUGAAGGUGGUCUCCUCCUCAACUCCGAGGGCCAGCGUUUCUCUGACGAGCUCGGUCACCGUGACUACGUCUCCGGCAAGAUGUGGGAAGAGAAGGAGAAGGGCAAGUGGCCCAUCCGUCUCGUCCUCAACAGCAAGGCCUCCAAGGUCCUUGACUUCCACACCCGUCACUACUCUGGCCGUGGCCUGAUGAAGAAGAUGACCGGCGCCGAGCUCGUUGCCGAGAUCGGCUGCGGCGAAGCAGCCCUCAAGAAGACCUUCGACGAGUACAACCUCAUCGCCGAUGGCAAGAAGAAGGACCCCUGGAACAAGCGUUUCUUCCACAACAUGCCCUUCAAGCUCGACGACGAGUUCCACGUCGCUCUCAUGGAGCCCGUUCUCCACUUCACCAUGGGUGGUAUCGAGAUCGACGAGCACGCCCAGGUCCUCAACAGCGAGCAGAAGCCCUUCGAUGGCCUCUACGCCUGCGGUGAACUCGCCGGUGGUGUCCACGGUGCCAACCGUCUCGGCGGUUCCUCCCUCCUCGGCUGUGUCGUCUACGGCCGUGUCGCUGGUGACUCUGCCUCCCAGCACCUUUUCAAGAAGCUCAUCAACAACGGCUCCUCCGCCUCCUCCCGUCUCGGCCAGAUCUCCCUCCACAUCGACCCCAGCACCCCUGGCAAGAUCUCCGUCGAGUGGGGCGGUGCCGCUCCCGGCGCAAGCCUCCCCGCUCUCGCUGCCCCCGCUGCUCCUGCUGCCGCCGAGGCCCCCGCCGCCAAGCCCGAUCCUUCGAACUUCAAGAUCCCAGAGACCGAGUACUCCAUGGAGGAAGUCGCCAAGCACAACACCAAGGAGUCCCUCUGGGUCGUGGUCAAGGGCGUCGUCCUCGAUCUCACCAACUGGGUCGAUGAGCACCCCGGCGGUGCUAACGCCUUGUACAACUUCAUGGGUCGUGAUGCUACCGAGGAGUUCGCUAUGCUCCACGACGAUGAGGUUAUCCCCAAGUACGCCGCUCAGACUGUGAUCGGUCGUGUCAAUGGCGAGACCCCUAGCCUGGAGCUGUAG